GUUUUAUUGGCUUUACUGUCCAUAAGUGUAAUAAAUGAAUGGGAGCUUUCAAGAAUGACUCAAGAUGUGAUAAAUUUCAAUGUCAGUACAACUUUUUGUGGCACGUGAAGAUGACAACACAGCAGGAGGAUGUAUAUUACUUUUCUUUUGGAGCAAAUAUGAGCCCUGAUGCCUUUGGUCCUAAAGCCAAAGGAAGAUAUAACCAACGAAAUUGUUUUCCAAAGGAAGCUUUUCCUGCAAAAUUGUCAGGUUGGAAGUUAGUUUUCAACUUGAGGGGCGUUCCUGGAGUUGAACCUGGUUUUGGUAAUAUAGUUCCCGAUAAAGAUAGUUGUGUCCACGGCGUGUGUUAUUUACUGAAACAAGAAGAUUUUUUAAGGCUACGACAGUCAGAAUUCACUUAUGACGUGAAGUUACUUGAAGUUGAAGAAUAUAAUCAGCGAAAAGUGACUGCGAACGUUUUCAUUGUGACGGAUAAGAAGCAUUUGGAACCUUGUCCGAAGUGCGCGAUUCCUUCCAAACGUUAUCGAGAUUUGCUAGUCUCUGGUGCGAAGCACUGGAAUCUUGAUAGAAGAUAUAUUGAAUUUUUGGAAAGUGUUCCCUAUCCGAAGCCUUCUAUUUUUUCCAAGGCAUUGUCUUUAUUUUUGUUUUGGUUUUUGUUUUAUUUUCUUUCUUUCGUGGGAAUACCUUUAAAGGUUCGAGGUCGUUUAUUUCGUUCCUUUGCUACUUGGCUUUGGAAAGUAGUAGAUUGGAAGAGAAGUUGGUUUCAUCCGCAUUCUUAUUAGUAAUAUUUUGGUGUAGUUAAGUCAUUAAAGCUGAAGUUGUUUUG